AUCAGCAUGUUCCAGGCCCCAGAGUCAGAGCACUUUUAAGCCUGAGAGCCGUGAGUGCUGCAGUCUGAGGGAGCGUGACCAGAUCAUCAGACAGAAUUCCCCCAGUAGUUCCGAGGGUCUUCAGCACUCCUGUUUCUCUUCAAGCAGUUCUGAGGAGGGUGCCAGAAGCCAAGAAAAUGAGCAGAUCGCAUGCACCAAUCAGGCUGCAGCCCUCCCUGGGAAAGUGCCAUGUGAUGCUCUGAAUGAGAAAGUGGUUUUCUUAGUGAGAUUCAUGCUGCUCAAGUACCAAAUGAAAGAGCCAAUAAGGAGAGCAGAUAUGUUGGAGAUCAUCAUGCCAGAGGAUGAGGCAUUGUUCCCCACCAUCCUACUGCAGGCCUGUGAGUGCAUGGAGACAACCUUUGGCUUAGAUGUGAUGGAAGUGGAUCCCAUCAACCACUGCUAUGGUGUCUUCAUCAAGCUGGGCCUCACCUACGAUGGGAUGCAGCGUGAAGGGAGCGUGCCCAAGACUGGCCUCUUGAUACUUCUCCUCAGUGUGAUCUUUGUAAAGGGCAACCGUGCCACUGAAGAGGAGGUCUGGGAAGCACUGAAUCAGAUAGGGCUGUAUGCUGGGGAGGUUCACUUCAUGUAUGGGGAGCCCAGGGAGAUCAUCACCAGAGAAUUUGUGCAGGAAAAGUAUGUGGAGUACCGACCAGUGUUCAACAGUGAUCCUCCACAGUAUGAAUUCCUAUGGGGCCCACGAGCCCGUGCUGAAACCAGCAAGAUGAAAGUCCUGGAGUUUAUGGCCAAGGUUCUGGGAACCAACCUGUGGUAUUUCCCAUUUCAGUUUAUAGAGGCCGUGCUGGAGGAUAUAGAGAGAGCACUAGCCAGGAUUUCCCAGAGGGCUGCCUACGGUCCCAGGUUCAUUGGACGUUAACAUGCUGUGGGCAGUAGUUUCUCCCCUAGCUAGUCAAAGGAGAGGUGGGUUGCUCACUUAAUGUUCCAAGAGUAGCUAGUUUAUUCCAAGAGAGUGCCAGCAUUGAAAGAAUGUAGGUACCGGUAGUGGAAUGGGUCUGACGGGAAAACAGAAUAUAUCAUUUGUCUGUUAGCUUUUCAGCUGGAAUCUGACAAUGUACUGUUUCAUUUUUGAAGGUUGUAUUUUUCAACAAAUGUUACCUCAUGUAAAAUAGAUUUAGUCUGACUAUCUUUAAUAUUCAAACCAUAGUAUUCACACAUAAUGCCAUUUAUAAGAUUAACUAAUAUGAUCACUUCUCUAUGAUAAAACAAUUUUAAAAGGAUCAGGUUUAUAUUGUCAUGUGGACUAAAAAAUCACUCAAUGUACGUACACAUUGCUUUGGCAAAAUGAGACAACUUGCUCUUAAUGCACCUGGCAUCAACUGAAAGAAGUAGAAAUUAUAAAAUUAGUCACUUUUCCUAUACCUUUAAAUCUGUUGUUCUGUACAAUUAAGUAACUUGUACAUGGCUCUGUUUAGCUAUUUUCUAGAGUUUAUGAGAAAUAAAUCUUAAUGAAUCACA